UCUCAUCAUUGUUGACUAGCAACGGGCAGGCAGACUCUAGCAACGCGGUUAUUUUGUAGCCACAUAGCUCAAUUCACCUUUUAAGGGUCACCUUUUUGUCCAAUGAAUAAAUAAAUGUCAAAACCACGUAGUUUGAAUGUGUUGUUCUCGGACAGAGAGGACAAACAUUAGGCAUUCGAUAGCUAUCUGAAGAUGGCUUACUUGGACUCAUCGGAUGCUCCUGACGAGGAGCAGACUUUCUACAUGCAGUGCAGAGCCGCCUACCUAAGUGUCUUCAGAUCUAGUCUGACAAAUAUCUCAUCGAAAAGGGAAUUAUGUCGAGUUCUCCAGUUAGCCGGUAGAAAUCCCUCCCAAGCCACUCUUGAUGAAUACUGGAAGACGGGAACAACGCACGUGAACUUUGACGAUUUCUGUACAAUACUGAAAAAGGAGUGGAAAACGGAGAAUAAUGAGCUGAUGGGAAUUUUCCAAAAGUUGGAUACAAACGGCGAUGGCUACCUGACACACAGCAAAGUGGAAAACCUCCUUACAACCGGGGGAGAUAAAAUGACACCUGAAGAGGUUCAAGCCAUUUUCUCACUAAGUGACAUCAACAAGGAUGGCAAGUUGAACUAUGCAGAGUUUUGUCAACAGCUCGUGUCCACCGCAGAGAAAUGUCAGACGGCCUCUUUGAUGAAGCUCCAGUCCGAUGCAAAACUGAAGAGACAAAACUUUGGCAGCCAUCCAGACAGCCCUCCAAAGCCCUCCCUGACGUCAGCGACACAAAGCCAGCCUCCAGAAACAACCUGGUCAGAUCCAGACGUCACGCUUCGGAAAGAGAGCCGAACAUCCUCCCGUUCUUCAUCUGCACGCAGUCGCCGAUCAUCUCUGUCAAACGUCGUCACGGCGACACCCAGCAUCAGCAAGCAGUGGCAUCCUACUUUCAUGAGGGGAUGUUUUUUUCUGGAUGAGGGUGGAACCAUCAGCUCACUGCAGUACAAGCUGCAUCUGCCCCAGACUUCCAACGUGACACUAAGCAUCCGGCCGAUGAGCCUCGACCAAAGAGCUGACAAGCCUUGCCCCUGGAUGAAUGUGGACACAGCUCUGUUUGUGAUGUUAGCUGACGAUAUAGAAGAGGAUUCCACGCUCGUGUGUUUCACUCAUACGAAGGACAAAGAGAAGUACAUUUGGAGAGGUGAACUGAAAGCUGGGCUGUACUACCUACUGCCUUUCUCCAGUGGCUGCAAAUUAAAGAAAAGGAACAGAAAGACUGUUGCUAAUAAAUCCAUCGAACUUGUCUACAAGACAGUCAGUGGAGAAUUUGACCUCAGCAGAGAUUUUCGGGAGGCACUAUCGGAGAUCUUUGACAUGAUAGACCUGGAUGGGAAUGGUCUGCUCAGUCUUGAGGAAUAUAAUUUCUUGGAGCUGAUGAUCAGUGGAGAGGAGUGCAAGAUGGGGACUUGGGCCAUCUGCAGAGAGAAUUUUGACAUGAGAAAGAAUCAGCUGACAAAACAGGGCUUCAUGGAGCUGACUCUGAUGGAGGCAACAGAAAAAGGCGGAGACAGCGAUGACCUGUGGACCCUCGUCGAGACCAUGGGCUACAACCGGAUGCUGGAGCUAGUCGAGGCUUGCCCAUUCCAGAUAGAUAUCGACUGUGAGAGCACACAGCCGUCACUUCAGCCUCUCAGACUGGACUCUGGUCUGAGCAUUCUAAACCAAGCCUUGCAAAAGUCCAUCACUUCAGAGGGAGCGGCCAAGCCGCUCAAAGGGCAAGAUCAUGUGCUCAUCUACACCUAUAGAGGAGAACACCGGGUAUCCUCCCUCAUAGUCAACAAGUCCAACCAGAAAGUGACGGUUAGCGUGAACAACAAGCACAACAGCAACUGCUGCAGCAGUCGAGGCCUGAAUGUGUUUGCCAUAGAGGUAGCGGCCAGAACUAAGAUGGUGUGUCAGCAUGUCCUGCCUCUCAAUGAAAAACAGGACUGGACCUACAACUGCGUGGAGUCUUUACUGAUCUCGAAAUAAAGCUGCAUACACUUUGCUGUUUGUGACACCCAA